AUGGCCCAGCGAUCGAACCCGCCGAGACGCGUACGACGCAAAUUUGCUCAUACGGAUUCCUCGACCAGCACGUCCACGAGCAGAGUAUCGGACGAAGACGACGUCCAGCUGCGACACAGUCCACGAUACGGGCGAAAUCCCCUUACUGCGAAAAAGCUUCUCCUAUGCCUCGAUUAUGGGACGACCCUAACUUCAAUUUCAUAUAUCACCUUCGAUCCAGAUGAACCCCCUGAAGACGUACAUCCAAGAGAGGUCCGAUGCGUAGCAAACUGGCCGCAGGCCAACCAAUUUGUCAACGCAGCGAGCCCAUUUGUGCCUAGCGAAAGCUGGUAUCGUGGUGGAGAAUUCCUGUGGGGCCAUGAGGUGCAACAUACACUACGCAAUCUGUCAGAUAAUGAUGAUGCAGAGUCAAUGGACUGUAUCAUCCAGCUUCCGAAACUGUUAUUAGAUGAUGAUGGGGAGAGCAUCGACAAUGACCGGCUGUCACAGCCGAGGAAGGCACUCCACAAGGCAGGUAGAACUGCCAGAGACGCCAUUAGGGACUACCUCAUGAAAGUCUUCAAGCAUACCCAUGGCCAAUUGUUGAAUUAUGAGGGAUUCAAUAAUACUUGGGAGGUUGAACUAGUGCUAUGCGUGCCAUCCAAAUGGUCAACGUAUGCGCAUCUCACAAUGCAGGAAAUUCUGCUUGAGGUAGUGGAGAAGACGGAUAUGAAAGGGAGGGAAUUUUCAAUAUUUAUUAUUGAUGAACCUGAAGCUGCAGUAACCUUUGCACUGUGCCACGAAUACAUCCGCAAAAAUAUUAAAGAAGGGUCUAACUUCAUUGUAUGCGAUGCUGGAGGUGGUACUGUUGAUGCGAUCACCUACAAGGUGCGGCAGGAGGAUCCCUUCAGAGCCGAUGAAAUAGCCAUCCCAGCUGGGAAAGACUGCGGUUCAAGCUAUAUAAACCAGGCUUUUAUUGAAGAAACUAGAGAAAGACUGGCACACAUCAUUGAGAUGGGCAGGGAGCCCAGCUAUUCCAAAGAAGCAAUCCUUCAACACGACUUAUUUCGUAACUUUGAACACGAGUUAAAACGAAUCUACGAUCCAGAUGUCUGGGAGGAGGAUGAGAGGAGAAGUUUUCGCGUUUUCGGCCUAAGGGAGGACCCGACGAGAAAUUUUGGGAACGGGAUGUUUUUCGUCACAAAGGAACAAAUGGAUAAUUAUUACAGGCGAAGUCUUGAAGGGACUGUGGAUUUGAUUAUGGAACAACUGGAGCAACUUAAUGGCCAAGAGGUCAAGGUCAUCCUCCUCCUUGGUGGGUUUUCUGGAUCGCCGGCUCUGAAGCGCUGCCUGAACAAUACUUUUGGGCGAGACCUUAAAGUCAUCCAUCUGGAUCAGGACAUAGACAUGACUACCGCAGUAUCUCGGGGCGGGGUGCUUCGUGCCCUAAAUAAAGAGAACGGCCCACGCCGCAAGCUCAGGUUGAAUCUCGGAGUUUGUCUCAGUGAACCAUACGACGAGAGAUUCCCGGGCCAUUUAGCUGCCCAUUGGUUUAAUAACCAUCUAAAUAAGAAGAAAUAUGUGAAAGAUUGCAUAGACUGGGUUAUUAGAAAGGACCGAGUCGUCGCCCAGGGAGAGUCGGCUGAGAUUUGUAUGCAUCGCACAUUUGAACUAGGCCAGGAGAUGGCCGCUUAUGAGACUAUAUAUUUCUCGGACCAGCGGGUCUUCCAGCACUACCGCAUAGAUAACCCCAAAAAUCGUGGCCAUCGCAAAGCGGGAGUCGUCAAGGCAUCCCUUGAUGCCCUUCGGAGGAGAAACAUGCUGGAGGAGAAAAUCAACGAGGACGGCGAUGUGUAUUAUGAAGUCCACUACAGCAUCAAACUCGAAGUGGAUGGCCGCAAUGUCAAGGCAACGAUUCAUUGCCCUCCAGGACAAGAAGUCCAAGGAGAAGCACAAAUUUGCAUUGCCGCUGCUUUCAGUCCUGGGACGAAUUAA